AUGACAGAAACACAUUCACCUGCUGCCUCCCCCGCAGGCUCCCUCCGACUUACAAUAUCUGUGAAGUUGUCUGAGUGUAUCCCCGAGGCUUGUCCACCCUGUCAGUCUCUGAGCGGCCUGCUUUGUGGCCUCCCGCCCAGUGUGGAUAAUGCCUUCCUGAUUGGUCGGAAACGCUCCCACUACGACAUCCACUCAGUAGCGCGUUACCAGUGCGCCGACGGCUUCCUGCAGCGCCACGUGCCCACAGCCAAGUGCCGCGCCAACGGGAAGUGGGACCAGCCCAAAAUCAUCUGCACAAAAUCCCGACGAGCCCACCGCUACCGCCGCCACCACCACAAGGGGAGGAGGGAGCGCAGGAAGCACAAGAGGCACGGCCACAGAGAGGGGGGGCACCACGGGGGGGAGCAGGGCCACAACCACGCCCACGUCUGAACCAAAAACCCGCUUUCCUACUCUCUCCUCUGCUUCCAACUGCGGUUUGCCUGUCGUCCUUUUCCUCCUGCCCAAUUUCCCCAAACACUACUUCACAUCUUACAGCUCAAAACUCAAAGCCCCCUCCCUACACUGCACUGCCCCUUCCUCCCCCUUUAGCUCCACCCCUGGCUUUCUGAGUCAGCCUGUACCAUAGUCAGCUCUAAGGCCAGCAGAGAUGCUGUGAGGUGUCACCGGGACAAUAUCAAAAACCUUUCUUUUCUCUGUUCUCGUCUUACCUUUUUCCUUCUCCCACCUUUCCUCCAACUCGACCCAGUUACACUCCCCCCUCCGAGCUCAACGACGACCUGAAACACGGGGCUACGCUGACCUGUUUUUGAGAAAAAAAGGAAAAAACCUUUGAGAUCCACACCGAACAUUCUUCGGAGAGAUGGUUUUAACUAUAAAUAGGGACGACAUCACUGAAAAUGCCGUGUCAGAAUCAGACGAGUCAAGGGAGACAUCCGUGUUGUUGACUUUGAGCCUUUUGUCUGUUGAACACAUGUUAUUUUUUACAAAUACUCAGUGUUUAUUUCUGCUGCUUUUGGUUCCUUCUUUGUAAGACAUUGUACUUGACUUAAAGCGACUUCUUCUGAAACGGAUGUAAUAGAUUUUCUUUGAAUCAGAGGCAGUUGUAAUUGAAUUAUUUGAUUGUUAGCGUUGUAUCUUGUUGUCAGUGUGAGACAGUUACUUUAGAUCAGAUGCUUAAACCCCCAGAGGAAAAUGGAAAACACAUUGCAUAUCAAUUCAGUUCCAUCAAACAUCAGUCGCAUUCAGAAGUGUCGAUCUCACAGAGCUCUUGUUGUGUCAGACAUCCAUCCCCGACGUGUUCGAGGGUUAAUUGAAACCUUUGAUGUCAGUUUGUCUCAACCCAGCUCAGCAAUUCUCUGUUUGCUUUGCCUUUUCUGAUAGUUCGUGUCUCUGUAAGAACAUGUGCUGUGACUUAAUGAAGUUGAUGCAGCAGGUCAAAGCUCCUCUAACUCAUUGACAGAGUUUCACGUCUUUGGUCUGAUAAGGAAAAAUAAAUGCUACCAGCCCGGCAUGAGAGACACGGAGCUGGUUCUAUUUCAGUAGCCGCCUCACAAGUCAGGAACAAGAUAUGACAUGCCCAAACACAUGUCUUUUUAAAAUAACUAUUGUGUUUAGCUGUCUUAUAGAAAUGUCCUAAAACAAAACUGACUCUGUAAAUGAAGUGAGGUAAUACUUCCCUGUUUUAGUGCUUUUUCUAUUGUGUUUGAAAUGUUUUAGAGUGUACCUGCUAAACGCUAUCAUGUACGCAGGCUAACUGUCUCUGUCUGCUGUUUGCUGCUCUUCAUGUAGCCACAUUCAGUUAUUUACAAUGUAUAUUGAUAUAUACAGCUCCCUGUUUGGCUAGAAACUACCCUGAUGAGAGCGGAGAAUGAAAACAUUCAAGUUAGGAGCCACAAAACCAAAACAAUAGGACGAAAGAGGCUAAAACGCUACAAGCAUUACCUUUUACAUUACAAUUUGUCAUAUGAUCUUUUGUUUAUAUAAGCGCACUAGAGCCCUCCCUCUAUUCCAGGAUGAGACGGGGAACUGGCACGAAAAUGAAAAGCUAAUGUUGAUGACACAAGGUAUGAGGAUGAAUAUCAGGCAGAAGCUGUGUGUGUGUGUGUGUGUGUGUGUGUGUGUG